GUACAUCAAACAUCAUUACGUCAGGGAGGAAGAAGCCGAGAUGGAGCGCUUAUCUUCUUCCUCGGAGGGUCGGGCCAAGAAAGUGAGCAUUAUAGGGCCGCCACACCGUCGCUCCGCCAUGGAAAAUAAAGAGACGACGAGCAUCAAGCGGCCGGCCGACACUACAGAGGAAGAGGACGUCCGGAAGGGCAAGAAAAAGAGGGGCAAAGUAUGGAACUCCGAUUCGAAGAACUGGGCCAAGACGGAGAAUGAGGAGGAGGAGGCAGCAGGGAACGAGACCAAGGAGGAGGUGAAGGCGGAGAAGAAUGAGAAAGAGGAGGAGACAGCAGAGGCGGAGCAGGACGACCCCACAGUCGGCCUGGAUGGUUCGGCGUUCCAGAGUCGCAUGCCGGCCGACAAGCUGACCACACUGGAAGGCUCCCUCUUCUCGGACAUUGUCAAGAGCCCCCCACACACACACCGCCUCUUCCUCCACAUCAGAAACCGCAUUCUGCAGUUGUGGCUGGAGUCCCCGCUGCAGGAGCUGACCUACGAGGGGGUGAUGGCAGGCCUGGAGGCGCCGUUCAACUCCGAGGGCGUCCUUUGUGCUCGCAUCCACGCUUACCUGGAACGCCACGGCUAUAUCAACUUUGGGAUCUUUAAACGGGUGAAGCCGUUGCCGCAGAAGAAGUACGGCAACGUGAUCGUCAUUGGCGCCGGCAUCGCUGGUCUGGCGGCGGCACAGCAGCUCAACUCCUUCGGCUUUGAGGUGGUCGUCUUGGAGGCCAGGGAUCGUGUUGGAGGGAGAAUCGCCACCUUCCGCAAGGGGCCGUAUAUUGCCGACCUGGGGGCCAUGGUUGUGACGGGGCUCGGAGGCAACCCUGUCAACGUCCUGUCCAAGCAGAUCAAUAUGGAGCUGGUGCGGAUCAAGCAGAAGUGUCCGCUGUAUGAGUCCAACGGCAACACGGUUCUAAAGGACAAGGAUGAGAUGGUUGAGCGUGAGUUUAACCGUCUCCUCGAGGCCACAAGCUUCCUCUCUCACCAGCUGGAUUUCAACUAUAUUGACAACCGCCCUAUCAGCCUUGGCGAGGGGCUGGAGUGGGUGAUUAAUCUGCAAGAGAAGAAUGUGAAGGAGAAGCAGGUCACCCACUGGAAGACUGUCGUGAAUCUGCAGGAAAAACUCAAGACUGUUCUCAAUAAGCUGCUGAGUCUGCAUGAAAAGAUUGCCGUGCUGCACAAGGAACACGGCCAACUUACGGAGAAACGCAACUCACGGAACAUCACCAACGAGUUUGUGUACCGCGUCAAGCUGCGGGAACUACAGAACGCGUGCAAGGAGUGGGACCAACUGGUGGAGCAGCAGCGGGAGAUCGAGGACAAGUUGCAGGAGCUCGAGGCGUCCUCCCCCAGCGACGUGUACCUCUCCUCGCGCGACAGACAGAUCCUGGACUGGCAUUUCGCUAACCUGGAGUUCGCCAAUGCUACGCCACUCAGCAACCUCUCCCUCAAGCAUUGGGACCAGGACGAUGACUUUGAGUUCUCUGGCAGUCAUCUUACAGUGAGGAACGGGUACUCCUGCGUGCCGGUGGGUCUUAGUGAGGGCCUGGACAUACGCCUCAACACCGCCGUCCGCAAGAUCACGUACACCAACAACGGGGCGGAGGUCACCGUGUCGAAUGCCCGUAACCACUCCAGCCCUGGCACUCUCAAGGCUGACGCGGUUCUGUGCACGCUGCCCCUCGGAGUCCUUAAGCAGUCCUGCGGCACUAACGCCAAUGCCCCCAACACCGUCACCUUCAAUCCGCCGCUGCCGCAGUGGAAGGCGGACGCCAUCAACCGACUUGGCUUCGGGAAUCUCAACAAGGUGGUGUUGUGCUUCGAUCGAGUGUUCUGGGACCCCAACGCCAACCUCUUCGGCCAUGUUGGGUCCACCACAGCGAGUCGAGGGGAACUCUUUCUCUUCUGGAACCUGUACCGAGCGCCCGUGUUGCUGGCGCUGGUGGCGGGCGAGGCGGCGGCCAUCAUGGAGAACGUGAGCGACGAUGUGAUUGUGGGCCGCUGCAUCGCUGUUCUCAAGGGCAUCUUCGGGAACUCCGCCGUGCCCCAACCCAAGGAGACGGUGGUGACACGCUGGAGGGCUGAUCCGUGGUCGCGAGGAUCCUACUCCUUCGUGUCAACAGGAGCGUCUGGGAAUGAUUACGACAUCCUGGCUGCUCCCAUUGCCCCACUCCAGCCCGGCCAGAGUGCCCAGACCCCUCCGGCGGCCUCAGACAGCUCCCCACCACCACGCCCAAGAUUGUUCUUCGGGGGAGAACACACCAUCAGGAACUACCCCGCCACAGUGCACGGAGCAUUCCUCAGCGGCCUACGAGAGGCUGGACGCAUUGCCGACCAGUUCCUGGGGUGCCCGUACGCUGCCCCGCCGCCGCCACCACCCACCAACGGCUCGGCCAGCGUGGAAACAUGAGGCAGCUUUACAUUGCUUUGAGGUUGAAAGUCAGGCAGUGCAGGCAAAGAAAGUCUUGCCGUGAUGGCCUAAAGUUCUAAGUGGUGUGAUUCUCAGUGUAGGUAGAGCAGUAGUGUGUCCAGGAUGGCAUGAUGCAUUCUUUCCACAGGAUUUGUAAGUACUGUACACUCAUUAAAAUAAGUCACAGUAUUAAGCAUUACUUUCAUCAUUGUUCAUGUAGCAGAACAAAGAAACUCUGUGGAUAUAUUGAAGUCCCAGUCAUCAAUGUAGCAGACCAUAAGGAAACAUUGGUGGAUUUGUCUAGUAAUUUAACCCUUAAGGAUGGGUGGUGGGAACUUUUUUUUUGUAGGACAGUUUAAGGAAACAAUGGAAAAAAAAGCCUGCUUAUUCCCUGCUUCUACAAAAGAGUCAACGAGAAGUGGCCAAAAGAUAGUCACUUUCGGGAGAUGAGGUGUACUGGUGGAGGACGGCAGAAUGAGGCCCAGGUGCAGGAAUACCAGUCAUCUGAUUUCCCGCCAAGAUUGUACUUCCCAACAUCAUGCAUCUCCGCUGUGCUGCAACUGAGGGACUUGAUUCUAGACGAUUUGAUUUCAAAUUGAUAUACGGGGCAUUAACCCGGUAGCAGCGACGGGCCAAAUUUGUGGCUUUACCGUGUACCAGCGAUGAGCCAAAUUUGUGCCAUGAUUGAACCACCCCAAAAUAGAUGAUACAUAAACUGAUCAAAAAUGCUUUGAUAUAUAUUAUGAAAUGGUUUGUGUGAGUGAUGAUUUUUUUCUCAUUUUUCUCGCUUAAAGGGACCAUUAAGAAAUAUGAUCCCUGCUGCUACUGGGUUAAUGAAGAACAUCUCUAUAUUUUAUUAACAUGGCACACUCGCAAGAAGCCCUCUAGCCCGUUCUUAAAGGGUUGAAGGAUGUUUAGUGUUAUUGAUACACUAAUGCAAUUUGAAAGAGCUCAAUGUCAGUCAGGAAAUUGAUGUAUUCAUUGACAUGCGCACAGCGUACAGGUUUUAUAAAGAUUUUUUUACUUG